AUGACUCGGCUAUCCCAGAAUGCACCUUUAAACAAACUUUCACUCAUCCUUCUGCAGAAGCUUUAUCGGUAUCACUUGAAAAAAAAAACUGCAUCCUCUGCAGAGCAUACCUUUGCUUCUGGUCAAUAUUUAGACAAUGAGCGUGGCACCGUGUUUAAGUGUAAACACGCCUGUAUGUUUGUAGGGUGUACAGGCACAGUCGCUUCCCAGAAAACUAGUAAACUAAAAGAUGCAAAAUCGCGAUUACUCGUCCUCGUAGAAUGGCUCCCACUUUUUCACUAUCCAUUACAAGAAUAUUGGGUGCAUUCCCUUGUCUUGUUGGAAUAG